AUAUUCAAUUGUUUAGCAUUUAUAACUGAUGGAUCGAUUAUGUGUGUCCUGGGCCUGUUCAAUAGAGGCAAGAGCUAUGUGUUGUCUAGGAUACUGGACUUGAGCUUUGAGAGUUCAUUCUUUAGUCACACCGAAGGUAUCAGUGUUGUGAUGCCAAGGAAGGAUAGUAAGAUGACCUUGAACCUAAUUGGACUGGAUACAAAGGGUUCUCAACAAGCUGUUAAACUUGCCGACGAGAAGAAGUUGAUGCAGGCCGAAUCCACCGAGCGAUUCUUGAAAUGUCUUUCUGCCCAUCUUGCCGACACAAUCUUGAUUGUAGUUGAUAGGAUGCAUCGUGAGGACCAGGUCUACAUCCAUCAGAUGAAGAACAUGCUAAAGGAUAAGGUAAACAAGAAGAUUAUCAUCGUCCAUAAUGUGCCAUCAGUGGUCACUCUCGACCAGAUGGCACAGGUUAUCCGAGAGGACAUUGUCGAAGGAUUCGGCGCCAAAGAGUGUGACCCAGAACGUCCAUACUGGGUGGAGACUGACAACACGAGACACGUGGUGUUGGCCCGUGACGAGAGGACAUCCAACUCGCCCGCUGGCAAGCUCUACAAUCAGCGAACCAUUGACAUGUUGAAGGAGUGGCUCAAGGCCGCAGCUUCAGACUCACAGAGAAGUCUAAACCUUUUGAACAUGGUCCUGGAGUUCACCAACAGCCAUCUCCGCAGGUUCUUUGAAGCUGACUUGCCCAAGGUUGCACCAUUCAACGAUGAUGGAACUAUCAAGAUCAAGUGCUCCCAGGCCGUGAUCAAGGAUGAGGCGCCAAAG